AUGUCCUUCUGGCCGCAGGGCCUGUUUCCUGCGAGCGCGGGUCUGUCCCAUUGGGUCGCGCGGCCUGUCCCUUUUUGGCCGGUCGGCCCCUGUCUCGCUGGCCGCGGCCUGAUCCCUGCCGACGGCCUGUCCCUAUUGGAGCAGGCCUGCUGUCACCUUGUUGGCCGUCGUGCCUGUCCUGCCGCGCGCUACCAGCGCUUCCUGCCCCUGUUCAUGCGGCUUCUGUCCUCCUUGCCGAGCGGCGUAGCCGUGUCCCCUGCUGCGCGGCCCAUGCCCCCUAUUCGGCCUGCGGGGCCCAUUGUGCCUCUGGCCGCAGGCCUGCCCCUUCCAUGGCGCGCCCGGCCCCAUGCACCCCCCGCGGCCAUAUCUCCUCCGCAUGCGGGCCUGUCUCCUUUUGGCUGGCUGGCCGUGAUCCUUGUCGUAGCCGGGCUACUUUUUGUUCCCUUUGGAUGCGGCCUGUGCCCUUUGGACGCGCGCCUCGGCCUUGUCCCCUGCAAGCGGCCUGAGUCCCUGCAGCGGCCUGUCCCUUUGGAGCGGCCUGUCUCUGGAGCGGCCUGUCCCUGCAACGGCCUGUCCCUUUGGAGCGGCCUGUCCCUUUGGAGCGGCCUGUCUCCUGCAGCGGCCUGUCCCUUUGGAGCGGCCUGUCUCUGCAAGCGGCCUGUCCCUGCAGCGGCCUGUCGCUGCAGCGGGCCUUGUCCCAUGCAACGGCCCUGUCCACCUACUUGGAGCGGCCUGUCCCUGCAGCGGCCUGUUCCUGCAGCGGCCUGUUCCUGCAGCGGCCUGUUCCUGCAGCGGCCUGUCCCUGCAGCGGCCUGUCCCUUUGGAGCGGCCUGUCCCUUUGGAGCGGCCUGUCCCUGCAGCGGCCUGUCCCCUGCAGCCGGCCUGUCCCUUGGAGCGGCCUGUCUCUCUGCAGCGGCCUGUCCCUGCAGCGGCCUGUCCCUUUGGAGCGGCCUGUUCCUGGAGCGGCCUGUCCCUGCAGCGGCCUGUCCCUUUGGAGCGGCCUGUCCCUUUGGACGGCUGUCCCCUUUGGAGCUUUGGAGCGGCCUGUCCCUGCAGCGGCCUGUCCCUGCAGCGGCCUGUCCCUGCAGCGGCCCUGUCCCUGCAGCGGCCUGUCCCUGCAGCGGCCUGUCCCUUGCAGGCGGCCUGUCCCUGGAGCGCCCUGUCCCUUUGCGAGCGGCGCCUGUCCCUUUGAGCGCCUGUCCCUUUGGAGCGGCCUGUCCCUGCAGCGGCCUGUCCCUGCAGCGGCUGUUCCUGGAGCGGCCUGUCCCUGCAGCGGCCUGUCCCUGCAGACGGCCUGUCCCUUGGAGCGGCCUGUCCCUUUGGAGAGCGGCCUGUCCCUUUGGAGCGGCCUGUCCCUGCAGCGGCCUGUCCCUGCAGCGGCCUGUUCCUGCAGCGGCCUGUCCCUGCAGCGGCCUGUCCCUGCAGCGGCCUGUCCCUUGCGAGCGGCCUGUCUCCUGCAGCGGCCUGUCCCUGCAGCGGCCUGUCCUGCGGCCUGUCCUGCAGCGGCCCUGUCCCUUUGGAGCGGCCUGUCCCUUUGGAGCGCGCCUGUCCCUGCAUGCGGGCCUGCCUGCUCCUUUGGAGCGGCCUGUCCCUUUGGAGCGGCCUGUCCCUGCAGCGGCCUGUCCCUGCAGCGGCCUGUCCCUGCAGCGGCCUGUCCCUGGAGCGGCCUGUUCCUGGAGCGGCCUCGGCCUGUCCCUUUGGAGCGGCCUGUCCCUUUGGAGCGGCCUGUUCCUGCAGCGGCGCCUGUCCCUUUGGAGCGGCCUGUCCCUUGGAGCGGCCUGUCCCUGCAGCGGCCUGUCCCUGCAGCGGCCCUGUCCCUGCAGCGGCCUGUCCCUUUGGAGCGGCCUGUCCCUGCAGCGGCCUGUCCCUUUGGAGCGGCCUGUCCCUGCAGCGGCCUGUCCCUGCAGCGGCCUGUCCCUUGCAGCGGCCUGUCCCUGCAGCGGCCUGUUCCUGCAGCGGCCUGUCCCUUUGGAGCGGCCUGUCCCUUUGGAGCGGCCUGUCCCUUUGGAGCGGCCUGUCCCUUUGGACGGCCUGAGCGGCCUGUCCCUGCCAGCGGCCUGUCCCUGCAGCGGCCUGUCCCUGCAGCGGCCUGUCCUGCAGCGGCCUGUCUCUGCAGCGGCCUGUCCCUUUGGAGCGGCCUGUCCCCUUUGGAGCGGCCUGUCUCUGCAGCGGCCUGUCUGCUGCAGCGGCCUGUCCCUGCAGCGGCCUGUCCCUGCAGCGGCCUGUCCCUUUGGAGCGGCCUGUCCCUGCAGCGGCCUGUCCCUGCAGCGGCCUGUCCCUUUGGAGCGGCCUGUCCCUUUGGAGCGGCCUGUCCCUGCAGCGGCCUGUCCCUUGCAGCGGCCUGUCCCUGCAGCGGCCUGUCCCUGCAGCAGGCCUGUCCCCUGUUGGAGCGGCCUGUCCCUUUGGAGCGGCCUGUUCCCUGGAAGCGGCCUGUCCCUGCAGACGGCCUGUCCCUUUGGAGCGGCCUGUCCCUUUGGAGCGGCCUGCCCUGCCCCUUCGCAGCGGCCUGUCCCUGCAGCGGCCUGUCCCUUUGGAGCGGCCUCUCAGCGGCUGUCCUGCGCGGCCUGUCCCCUGAAGCGCCUGUCCCUGCAGCGGCCUGUCCCUUUGGAGCGGCCUGUUCCUGCAGCGGCCUGUUCCUGCAGCGGCCUGUCCCUUUGCGAGCGGCCUGUCCCUGCAGCGGCCUGUCCCUUGCAGCGGCCUGUCCCUGCAGCGGCCUGUCCCUGCGAGCUGGCCUGUCGCGCCUGUUGGAGCGCUGUCCUGUACUGCCUGUCCCUGCAGCGGCCUGUCCCUUUGGAGCGGCCUGUCCCUUUGGCACGCUUUGAGCGGCCUGUCCCUGCAGCGGCCUGUCCCUGCAGCGGCCUGUCCCUUUGGAGCGUGUCGGGCCUGUCCCUUUGGAGCGGCCUGUCCCUUUGGAGCGGCCUUGUCCCUGCAGCGGCCUGUUCCCUGCAGCGGCCUGUCCCUCCGCGCGCCGUCUGCCUCCCCCCUGCAGCGGCCUGUCCCUUUGGAGCGGCCUGUCCCGGCCUGCCCUGCAGCGGCCUGUCCCUGCAGCGGCCUGUCCCUUUGGAGCGGCCUGUCCCUUUGGAGCGCCUGUUUCCUGCAGCGGCCUGUCCUGUCCCUUUUGGAGCGGCCUGUCCCUUUGGCAGCGGCCUGUUCCUGCAGCGGCCUGUCCCUUUGGAGCGGCCUGUCCCUGCAGCGGCCUGUUCCUGCAUGCGUCCUGUCCCUUUGCAGGCGCCUGUCCCUGCAGCGGCCUGUCCCUGCAGCGGCCUGUCCCACUGUGGAGCGGCCUGUCCCUUUGGAGCGGCCUGUCCCUGCAGCGGCCUGUCCCUGCAGCGGCCUGCAGCGGCCUGUCCCUCAGCGGCCUGUCCCUUUGCGGCCUGUCCCUGCAGCGGCCUGUCCCUUUGGCAGCGGCCUGUCCCCCUGCUGGAGCGGCCUGUCCCUGCAGCGGGUCCCUGCAGCCUGUCUCUGCAGCGGCCUGUCCCUGCAGCGGCCUGUCCUUUGGAGCGGCCUGGUCUCUGCAGCGGCCUGUCCCUGCAGCGGCCUGUUCCCUGCAGCGGCCUGUCCCUGCAGCGGCCUGUCCCUUGGAGCGGCCUGUCCCUGCAGCGGCCUGUCCCUGCAGCGGCCUGUCCCUUUGGAGCGGCCUGUCCCUGCAGCGGCCUGUCCCUGCAGCGGCCUGUCCCUUUGCGCGGCUGUCUCUGCAGCGGCGCAGCCCUGUCCCUUUGGAGCGGCCUGUCCCUGCAGCGGCCUGUCCCUGCAGCGGCCUGUCCCUUUGGAGCGGCCUGUCCCUUUGGAGCGGCCUGUCCCUGCAGGCCUGUCUCUGUCCCUGCAGCGGCCUGUCCCUGCAGCGGCCUGUCCCUGCAGCGGCCUGUCCCUGCAGCGGCCUGUCCCUUUGGAGCGGCCUGUUCCCUGGAGCGGCCUGUCCCUGCAGCGGCCUGUCCCUGUCGGCCUGUCCCUUUGGAGCGGCCUGUCCCUUUGGAGCGGCCUGUCCCUUUGGAGCAGCGGCCUGUCCCUGCAGCGGCCUGUCCCUGCAGCGGCCUGUCCCUGCAGCGGCCUGUCCCUUUGGAGCGGCCUGUCCCUUUGGAGCGGCCUGUCCCUUUGGAGCGGCCUGUCCCUGCAGCGGCCUGUCCCUGCAGCGGCCUGUUCCUGCAGCGGCCUGUCCCUGCAGCGGCCUGUUCCUGCAGCGGCCUGUUCCUGCAGCGGCCUGUUCCUGCAGCGGCCUGUCCCUGCAGCGGCCUGUCCCUUUGGAGCGGCCUGUCCCUUUGGAGCGGCCUGUCCCUGCAGCGGCCUGUCCCUGCAGCGGCCUGUCCCUGCAGCGGCCUGUCCCUUUGGAGCGGCCUGUUCCUGGAGCGGCCUGUCCCUUUGGAGCGGCCUGUCCCUUUGGAGCGGCCUGUUCCUGCAGCGGCCUGUCCCUUUGGAGCGGCCUGUCCCUUUGGAGCGGCCUGUCCCUGCAGCGGCCUGUCCCUGCAGCGGCCUGUCCCUUUGGAGCGGCCUGUCCCUGCAGCGGCCUGUCCCUGCAGCGGCCUGUCCCUGCAGCGGCCUGUUCCUGCAGCGGCCUGUCCCUUUGGAGCGGCCUGUCCCUUUGGAGCGGCCUGUUCCUGGAGCGGCCUGUCCCUGCAGCGGCCUGUCCCUGCAGCGGCCUGUCCCUGCAGCGGCCUGUCCCUUUGGAGCGGCCUGUCCCUUUGGAGCGGCCUGUCCCUUUGGAGCGGCCUGUUCCUGCAGCGGCCUGUCCCUUUGGAGCGGCCUGUCCCUUUGGAGCGGCCUGUUCCUUUGGAGCGGCCUGUCCCUUUGGAGCGGCCUGUCCCUUUGGAGCGGCCUGUCCCUUUGGAGCGGCCUGUCCCUUCAGCGGCCUGUCCCUUUGGAGCGGCCUGUCCCUGCAGCGGCCUGUCCCUGCAGCGGCCUGUCCCUGCAGCGGCCUGUCCCUUUGGAGCGGCCUGUCCCUUUGGAGCGGCCUGUCCCUUUGGAGCGGCCUGUCCCUGCAGCGGCCUGUCCCUGCAGCGGCCUGUUCCUGGAGCGGCCUGUCCCUGCAGCGGCCUGUCCCUGCAACGGCCUGUCCCUUUGGAGCGGCCUGUCCCUUUGGAGCGGCCUGUCCCUUUGGAGCGGCCUGUCCCUGCAGCGGCCUGUCCCUGCAGCGGCCUGUUCCUGCAGCGGCCUGUCCCUGCAGCGGCCUGUCCCUGCAGCGGCCUGUUCCUGCAGCGGCCUGUUCCUGCAGCGGCCUGUUCCUGCAGCGGCCUGUCCCUGCAGCGGCCUGUCCCUUUGGAGCGGCCUGUCCCUUUGGAGCGGCCUGUCCCUGCAGCGGCCUGUCCCUGCAGCGGCCUGUCCCUUUGGAGCGGCCUGUUCCUGGAGCGGCCUGUCCCUUUGGAGCGGCCUGUCCCUUUGGAGCGGCCUGUUCCUGCAGCGGCCUGUCCCUUUGGAGCGGCCUGUCCCUUUGGAGCGGCCUGUCCCUGCAGCGGCCUGUCCCUGCAGCGGCCUGUCCCUUUGGAGCGGCCUGUCCCUGCAGCGGCCUGUCCCUGCAGCGGCCUGUCCCUGCAGCGGCCUGUUCCUGCAGCGGCCUGUCCCUUUGGAGCGGCCUGUCCCUUUGGAGCGGCCUGUCCCUUUGGAGCGGCCUGUCCCUGCAGCGGCCUGUCCCUUUGGAGCGGCCUGUCCCUUUGGAGCGGCCUGUCCCUUUGGAGCGGCCUGUCCCUUUGGAGCGGCCUGUUCCUGGAGCGGCCUGUCCCUUUGGAGCGGCCUGUCCCUGCAGCGGCCUGUCCCUGCAGCGGCCUGUCCCUUUGGAGCGGCCUGUUCCUGCAGCGGCCUGUCCCUGCAGCGGCCUGUCCCUUUGGAGCGGCCUGUCCCUGCAGCGGCCUGUCCCUGCAGCGGCCUGUCCCUGCAGCGGCCUGUCCCUUUGGAGCGGCCUGUCCCUUUGGAGCGGCCUGUCCCUGCAGCGGCCUGUCCCUUUGGAGCGGCCUGUCCCUUUGGAGCGGCCUGUUCCUGCAGCGGCCUGUCCCUGCAGCGGCCUGUCCCUUUGGAGCGGCCUGUCCCUUUGGAGCGGCCUGUUCCUGCAGCGGCCUGUCCCUUUGGAGCGGCCUGUCCCUUUGGAGCGGCCUGUUCCUGCAGCGGCCUGUCCCUGCAGCGGCCUGUCCCUUUGGAGCGGCCUGUCCCUUUGGAGCGGCCUGUCCCUGCAGCGGCCUGUCCCUUUGGAGCGGCCUGUCCCUUUGGAGCGGCCUGUCCCUGCAGCGGCCUGUCCCUGCAGCGGCCUGUCCCUGCAGCGGCCUGUCCCUUUGGAGCGGCCUGUCCCUGCAGCGGCCUGUCCCUUUGGAGCGGCCUGUCCCUGCAGCGGCCUGUCCCUGCAGCGGCCUGUCCCUGCAGCGGCCUGUCCCUGCAGCGGCCUGUUCCUGCAGCGGCCUGUCCCUUUGGAGCGGCCUGUCCCUUUGGAGCGGCCUGUCCCUUUGGAGCGGCCUGUCCCUUUGGAGCGGCCUGUCCCUGCAGCGGCCUGUCCCUGCAGCGGCCUGUCCCUGCAGCGGCCUGUCCCUGCAGCGGCCUGUCUCUGCAGCGGCCUGUCCCUUUGGAGCGGCCUGUCCCUUUGGAGCGGCCUGUCUCUGCAGCGGCCUGUCUCUGCAGCGGCCUGUCCCUGCAGCGGCCUGUCCCUGCAGCGGCCUGUCCCUUUGGAGCGGCCUGUCCCUGCAGCGGCCUGUCCCUGCAGCGGCCUGUCCCUUUGGAGCGGCCUGUCCCUUUGGAGCGGCCUGUCCCUGCAGCGGCCUGUCCCUGCAGCGGCCUGUCCCUGCAGCGGCCUGUCCCUGCAGCGGCCUGUCCCUUUGGAGCGGCCUGUCCCUUUGGAGCGGCCUGUUCCUGGAGCGGCCUGUCCCUGCAACGGCCUGUCCCUUUGGAGCGGCCUGUCCCUUUGGAGCGGCCUGUCCCUGCAGCGGCCUGUCCCUGCAACGGCCUGUCCCUUUGGAGCGGCCUGUCCCUUUGGAGCGGCCUGUCCCUGCAGCGGCCUGUCCCUUUGGAGCGGCCUGUUCCUGCAGCGGCCUGUUCCUGCAGCGGCCUGUCCCUUUGGAGCGGCCUGUCCCUGCAGCGGCCUGUCCCUGCAGCGGCCUGUCCCUGCAGCGGCCUGUCCCUUUGGAGCGGCCUGUUCCUGGAGCGGCCUGUCCCUUUGGAGCGGCCUGUCCCUUUGGAGCGGCCUGUCCCUGCAGCGGCCUGUCCCUGCAACGGCCUGUCCCUUUGGAGCGGCCUGUCCCUUUGGAGCGGCCUGUCCCUGCAGCGGCCUGUUCCUGCAGCGGCCUGUCCCUGCAGCGGCCUGUCCCUUUGGAGCGGCCUGUCCCUUUGGAGCGGCCUGUCCCUGCAGCGGCCUGUCCCUGCAGCGGCCUGUCCCUUUGGAGCGGCCUGUCCCUUUGGAGCGGCCUGUUCCUGCAGCGGCCUGUCCCUUUGGAGCGGCCUGUCCCUUUGGAGCGGCCUGUUCCUGCAACGGCCUGUCCCUUUGGAGCGGCCUGUCCCUGCAGCGGCCUGUUCCUGCAGCGGCCUGUUCCUGCAGCGGCCUGUUCCUGCAGCGGCCUGUCCCUGCAGCGGCCUGUCCCUUUGGAGCGGCCUGUCCCUUUGGAGCGGCCUGUCUCUGCAGCGGCCUGUCCCUGCAGCGGCCUGUCUCUGCAGCGGCCUGUCCCUGCAGCGGCCUGUCCCUUUGGAGCGGCCUGUCCCUGCAGCGGCCUGUCCCUUUGGAGCGGCCUGUCCCUUUGGAGCGGCCUGUCCCUUUGGGGCGGCCUGUUCCUGGAGCGGCCUGUCCCUGCAACGGCCUGUCCCUUUGGAGCGGCCUGUCCCUUUGGAGCGGCCUGUCCCUGCAGCGGCCUGUCCCUUUGGAGCGGCCUGUCCCUUUGGAGCGGCCUGUCUCUGCAGCGGCCUGUCCCUGCAGCGGCCUGUCUCUGCAGCGGCCUGUCCCUGCAACGGCCUGUCCCUUUGGAGCGGCCUGUCCCUUUGGAGCGGCCUGUCCCUGCAGCGGCCUGUCCCUGCAGCGGCCUGUUCCUGCAGCGGCCUGUUCCUGCAGCGGCCUGUCCCUGCAGCGGCCUGUCCCUUUGGAGCGGCCUGUCCCUUUGGAGCGGCCUGUCCCUGCAGCGGCCUGUCCCUGCAGCGGCCUGUCCCUUUGGAGCGGCCUGUCUCUGCAGCGGCCUGUCCCUGCAGCGGCCUGUCUCUGCAGCGGCCUGUCCCUGCAGCGGCCUGUCCCUUUGGAGCGGCCUGUUCCUGGAGCGGCCUGUCCCUGCAGCGGCCUGUCCCUUUGGAGCGGCCUGUCCCUUUGGAGCGGCCUGUCCCUUUGGAGCGGCCUGUCCCUGCAGCGGCCUGUCCCUGCAGCGGCCUGUCCCUGCAGCGGCCUGUCCCUUUGGAGCGGCCUGUCCCUUUGGAGCGGCCUGUCCCUUUGGAGCGGCCUGUCCCUGCAGCGGCCUGUCCCUGCAGCGGCCUGUUCCUGCAGCGGCCUGUCCCUGCAGCGGCCUGUUCCUGCAGCGGCCUGUUCCUGCAGCGGCCUGUUCCUGCAGCGGCCUGUCCCUGCAGCGGCCUGUCCCUUUGGAGCGGCCUGUCCCUUUGGAGCGGCCUGUCCCUGCAGCGGCCUGUCCCUGCAGCGGCCUGUCCCUUUGGAGCGGCCUGUUCCUGGAGCGGCCUGUCCCUUUGGAGCGGCCUGUCCCUUUGGAGCGGCCUGUUCCUGCAGCGGCCUGUCCCUUUGGAGCGGCCUGUCCCUUUGGAGCGGCCUGUCCCUGCAGCGGCCUGUCCCUGCAGCGGCCUGUCCCUUUGGAGCGGCCUGUCCCUGCAGCGGCCUGUCCCUGCAGCGGCCUGUCCCUGCAGCGGCCUGUUCCUGCAGCGGCCUGUCCCUUUGGAGCGGCCUGUCCCUUUGGAGCGGCCUGUUCCUGGAGCGGCCUGUCCCUGCAGCGGCCUGUCCCUGCAGCGGCCUGUCCCUGCAGCGGCCUGUCCCUUUGGAGCGGCCUGUCCCUUUGGAGCGGCCUGUCCCUUUGGAGCGGCCUGUUCCUGCAGCGGCCUGUCCCUUUGGAGCGGCCUGUCCCUUUGGAGCGGCCUGUUCCUUUGGAGCGGCCUGUCCCUUUGGAGCGGCCUGUCCUGUCCCCUGUCCCUUUGGAGCGGCCUGUCCCUUUGGAGCGGGCCUGUCCCUUUGGAGCGGCCUGUCCCUGCAGCGGCCUGUCCCUGCAGCGGCUGUCCCUUGUCCCUUUGGAGCGGCCUGUCCCUUUGGAGCGGCCUGUCCCUUUGGAGCGGCCUGUCCCUGCAGCGGCCUGUCCCUGGCCUGGCAGAGGCCUGUUCCUGCAGCGGCCUGGUUCCUGCAGCGGCCUGUCCCUGCAGCGGCCUGUCCCUUUGGAGCGGCCUGUCCCUUUGGAGCGGCCUGUCCCUGCAGCGGCCUGUCCCUGCAGCGGCCUGUCCCUUUGGAGCGGCCUGUUCCUGGAGCGGCCUGUCCCUUUGGAGCGGCCUGUCCCUUUGGAGCGGCCUGUUCCUGCAGCGGCCUGUCCCUUUGGAGCGGCCCUGUCCCUUUGGAGCGGCCUGUCCCUGCAGCGGCCUGUCCCUGCAGCGGCCUGUCCCUUUGGAGCGGCCUGUCCCUGCAGCGGCCUGUCCCUGCAGCGGCCUGUCCCUGCAGCGGCCUGUUCCUGCAGCGGCCUGUCCCUUUGGAGCGGCCUGUCCCUUUGGAGCGGCCUGUCCCUUUGGAGCGGCCUGUCCCUGCAGCGGCCUGUCCCUUUGGAGCGGCCUGUCCCUUUGGAGCGGCCUGUCCCUUUGGAGCGGCCUGUCCCUUUGGAGCGGCCUGUUCCUGGAGCGGCCUGUCCCUUUGGAGCGGCCUGUCCCUGCAGCGGCCUGUCCCUGCAGCGGCCUGUCCCUUUGGAGCGGCCUGUUCCUGCAGCGGCCUGUCCCUGCAGCGGCCUGUCCCUUUGGAGCGGCCUGUCCCUGCAGCGGCCUGUCCCUGCAGCGGCCUGUCCCUGCAGCGGCCUGUCCCUUUGGAGCGGCCUGUCCCUUUGGAGCGGCCUGUCCCUGCAGCGGCCUGUCCCUUUGGAGCGGCCUGUCCCUUUGGAGCGGCCUGUUCCUGCAGCGGCCUGUCCCUGCAGCGGCCUGUCCCUUUGGAGCGGCCUGUCCCUGCAGCGGCCUGUCCCUGCAGCGGCCUGUCCCUGCAGCGGCCUGUCCCUUUGGAGCGGCCUGUCCCUUUGGAGCGGCCUGUCCCUUUGCAGCGGCCUGUCCCUUUGGAGCGGCCUGUCCCUUCAGCGGCCUGUCCCUUUGGAGCGGCCUGUCCCUGCAGCGGCCUGUCCCUGCAGCGGCCUGUCCCUUUGGAGCGGCCUGUCCCUGCAGCGGCCUGUCCCUUUGGAGCGGCCUGUCCCUGCAGCGGCCUGUCCCUGCAGCGGCCUGUCCCUUUGGAGCGGCCUGUCCCUGCAGCGGCCUGUCCCUUUGGAGCGGCCUGUCCCUGCAGCGGCCUGUCCCUUUGGAGCGGCCUGUCCCUUUGGGGCGGCCUGUCCCUUUGGAGCGGCCUGUCCCUGCAGCGGCCUGUCCCUUUGGGGCGGCCUGUCCCUUUGGAGCGGCCUGUCCCUUUGGAGUGCCUUUGUGGCCCAACAGGGAGCGUCUGCGUCAUUUGUGCAGCCGCUGAUGUGA